AUGGGGGCUUCUUCUCGUCUUCCUCUUGGGCUUCUGCUGGUGGUGGCUGUGGCUCUGCUUCUGUUGGCGCCGCCGUUUCCGGCGGCGGCGCUGACCCCGGACGGGGUGCUGCUUCUGGGCUUCAAGUACGGGGUGGUAAGCGACCCCUUGGCGGUGCUUUCCUCCUGGAAGUACGACGACGAAAACCCCUGCAACUGGAACGGCGUCUCCUGCGCCGCCAUUCCCGGCGAGAAUGGCACCUCGCGAGUCGUCGGCCUCGGCCUCCCCAACGCCCGUCUUCUCGGCUCCAUAGGUGGCGACCUCGGCCUGAUCCAGCACCUCCGCCACCUCGAUCUCUCCGGCAACUCCCUCAGCGGCUCCCUCCCCUCUUCCCUCUUCCUCCGCAACUCCUCCUCCGCCGCCGCCGCCACCUCGUCGGAGCUCCGCGUGCUGUCCCUCGCCGGUAACGAGAUCUCCGGUAGCAUCCCCGAGGUCCCCGCCGGCGCCAUGACCGACCUGCAGCUGCUCAACCUCUCCGACAACGCCCUCACGGGGGUCCUCCCCGCCGGCGUCUUCUCCCUCCCGAACCUCACCGUACUCUCCCUGUCCGGCAACUACCUCUCUGGCGGCCUCGCUGGCGGGGGACUACCUCGCGCAGAGUUCGUCGAUCUCAGCUCCAACCUCAUCAACGGCACCCUUCCGAGGGACCUCGUCGCCAGCGAUUCCAGUCGCCUCCGGUACCUGAACCUCUCCUACAACAAGCUCUCCGGCGAGAUCCCAGCGAGUUUCGCCGGCGAGCUCCCCUCCGGCGCCGUUGUCGACCUCUCCUUCAACAAUCUCGCCGGCAAGAUCCCCGAUUCAGGUCCUCUCCUCUACCAGAACCCGGCUUCCUUUGAAGGAAACAUGGCGCUGUGUGGUCCGCCGCUGAAGAUUCUCUGCCCCGUGCCCUCGACACCGUCGCCGAACGCCGCCGCAGCAGCGGCGCCGGCUGCUCCGGCUGUCGCCGAGUCGCCGCCGGCUUUCGCCGCCAUACCCAAGACGGUGGGCGGCGGCACCCACUCCAGGGAGCCGGGUGGUCAGAGAGGUCUCAAGCCCGCCACCAUUGUGGGCAUCAUCGCCGCCGAUCUGGGUGGAAUCGCCCUCCUCUUCGUAGUGUUCUUCUACGUUUACAGGGCCAAGAAGCGGCGCCAGCAACGGCAGCAGCAGCAGCAGCAGUGGGCGACGAAGCCAUGGCCGUCGCCGUCGACCGCCGCGCACGGCGGCGCCGCCGGCGGAGGAGGGGGGAGAGGAGGAUUCUCGCUCCUGUGUUUGGGCAGGAAGAGGGGUGACCAAAGCGAGGGGACCUCCACCUGCUCCGACACGGACGCCGAGUCACUGGAGAAAGCGGAGCAGAGGAAGAAGGCGGCGGCGGCGCUGGCGGCGCCGCCGCAGCAGAGCGGCGUGCUGGUGACUGUGGACGGGGAAGCGGAGCUGGAGCUGGAGACCCUGCUCAAGGCCUCGGCCUACAUCCUCGGUGCAAGGGGCUCCAGCAUCAUGUACAAGGCGGUGCUGGCCGACGGCACCGCGCUGGCGGUGCGCCGCAUCGGAGAAACCGGCGGCGCCGUCGAGAAGCUGCGCGACUUCGAGGCCCAGGUCCGCACCAUCGCCAAGCUCCGCCACCCCAACCUGCUCAGCAUCCGCGGGUUCUAUUGGGGCGCCGACGAGAAACUCCUGAUCUACGACUACCUCCCCAACGGCAGCCUCGCCAACAUCUCCUACCGUAAGCUCUCUCUCUCCGAUCGGCGUAGUCCUAUCCAGUAGAAGCAACAGGAAGACGACCGGAUUUCUGACCAGUCUUCCGCCGCCUCUUUUCAGGGAAGAUGGGGACUUCGCCGUUCCAUCUGCCAUGGGAGAACCGGCUGAGGAUAGCGAGGGGCGUGGCGAGGGGCCUCGCCUACCUGCACGAGAAGAAGUGUGUCCACGGGAACGUGAAGCCCAGCAACAUCCUGCUUCGCCACGACAUGGAGCCCCUCGUCGGAGACUUCGCCAUCGAGCGGCUCGUCGCCGGCGGCGGCGGCGGCACGCCGAGCUUCUCUGCGCGGCAUUUCGGGAGUAAGCGCUCGACCUUGUCGCAGAACAGCCAGCCGGAGACGCCGGCUCCGGGGGGGCCCGCCGCCAGCCCUUGCCUCUCCUGCGGCGGCGCCGCCGGCGGGGGGGACUCGUCGGCGGCGGCAUCGCCGUACCAUGCGCCGGAGUCGCUGAAGAACCUGAAGCCCAGCAGCAAGUGGGACGUGUACUCCUUCGGGGUGCUGCUGCUGGAGCUGCUCGCCGGAAGGGUCUUCUCCGCUGCCGAGCUCUGCCAGUGGAGCGGCGGGUUCGCCGCCGAGGAGGGCCACCGCGUGCUGAGGAUGGUUGACCCGGCGAUCCGUGGGGACGUGGUGGGGGACGACGAGAACCUCUUGAGCUGCUUCAGGUUGGCCUUCUCCUGCGCUGCCGCCCCCCCCCAGAAGCGGCCCUCCAUGAAGGAGGCCUCGCAGCAGCUCGACAGAUCUCUCCCUCUCUCUCCUCUCCCCCGCCACCACCACCACCGCCAUGAAUUCUCUUGA